UAGGAGCCGAACAUCUCCUGUUCUCAACCAGCAUUGAUUCCCUCAUCAUUGCCGCCGCCAUGGCAUCUAUAGGGAAUCCUGCGCUCCUGUUCCGGAGCUUUGCCCCUAGGCUGUCGAAAGAAUUGUUCACCUGCCGUCAGUGUCUCGUCCGAACCCAAAAUUAUGUGACGAGAUCGACGAUCCGCAAACCGUCAGUCGCGCGGCCUUUCUCCCAAGCCACCAGAGUCAAUUCGACUUCUUUGAACGCGAGGGCUAGGUAUGCCUUUGUGCGAUAUGCUUCGGAUUCAGCUGCCGCCACCGCAGAGGCUGGAGCAUCGAAAACUAAGUCCAAAUUCCCCGAAGUUAGCGACAAGAAAGUGGCCUACUGGUUACUAGGCAGUGCGGCUAGUGUCUUUGGCAUCGUGGUUUUCGGAGGACUUACUAGGUUAACAGAAUCAGGUUUGAGCAUCACAGAAUGGCGCCCCGUCACCGGAUCCCUUCCUCCCAUGAAUGCCGAAGACUGGGAAUCCGAAUUCGCAAAGUAUCGCGCGUCCCCCGAAUUCCAUAUCUUGAAUCCUACUAUGACCCUGUCUGAGUUUAAGUCUAUCUACUACAUGGAAUGGAUUCACCGUCUCUGGGGCCGAUUUGUCGGCUUGUCGUUCGUGCUUCCAGCUAUCUAUUUCGUCGCAAAGAAGCAGGUCAGCAAACCUAUGGCACUACGCCUUGGUGGGAUUACAGGCUUGAUUGGAUUCCAGGGCUUCAUUGGCUGGUGGAUGGUUAAGUCUGGACUAAAGGAUGAUCUCUUUGCCCCCGGCAGCCACCCUCGUGUCAGCCAGUACCGCUUGACUGCACAUCUAGGAGCUGCUUUCGCCUGCUACACUGCAAUGCUUUGGAACGGCCUCGCUAUCUUACGGUCCCAUCGUCUUAUGUCCGACCCGGAUGCCGGAAUCAAAUUGCUAGACUCCCUGAGGGACCCCAAGCUUAAGAUUUUCCGCCGUUCUGUUGCCGGUUUGGCGCUUUUGGUUUUCGUGACUGCCAUGUCUGGUGCUCUUGUUGCUGGUCUGGACGCCGGCCUUAUCUACAAUGAGUUCCCCUUCAUGGGUAACGGACUGGCCCCUCCUAUGUCUGAGCUUUUCGAUGACAGGUAUUCGCGACACGAAGACCGCUCAGAUCGUUGGUGGAGAAACAUGCUUGAAAAUCCUUCCCUCGUUCAGCUGGAUCACCGCAUUUUGGCUAUGACAACCUUCACCGGCAUUAUGGCUCUGUGGGCCUAUACACGCCGUUCUCCCACCAUGAAGCAAUUCCUGCCCGCCGCUGCGAAGAAGGGUGUCCAUGGAGUAGUUGCAUUCGCAUUCGUGCAAGUCGGUCUCGGCCUCACCACCCUGCUCUACCUCGUUCCUACUCCUCUAGCCUCAGCCCACCAGGCAGGAAGCCUGUUCCUUCUCACCUGGGUUUUUGUCCUGGGUAGCCGGGUCUGGCACCCCUCAAGGACAGCGAAACUACUUCAGAUGGCGGCAAAGGCUCGUGGUCAUACAUUGUCAAAUGCCACCCGCCAUAUCCCCCCCAAGUUCUAAAUUAUAUCCUAACAGCGAAUGCCUAGUUAGAGCAUCGAAGAAACUCGAUGUGGGGUAAAAAGAAUCUUGUAUGUAUAGAGGUCUAUUCUAUUACCUCCGCUGUAUUUUACCAG